UCUAAACAUCAGUAAUACGCUCAGCUUAGUUUGAUGUUAAUUCUUAAAUAAUAACAAGUGCUGAUCUCUGUGCCUUCUAUAACGAUUCCUUAACGGAUAAACUUUCAACAGCCAUGUUUAUUACUGGGAUAAUAGUUGAAGGUUUCAAAGCAUUUGGAACAUCUACGUAUCUCGGGGAAUUUUUUCCUGGAAUCAAUGCCUUUGUUGGAUUGCAUGGUUCUGGGAAAACGAGUGUGUUAGAUGCGAUUGAAUUUGUACUUGGUAAAAAAUACAUAAACUUGACCACAGAACAAUUUAAUGCAUUAAUUUGUCGUAAUACCAAAAAGAAAAAUAAAAAUUUUAUCAAAAUAGAAAUAUUUUUCAAUAAUUUUGAUCGAAAGUACAGUCAUUUUCCAUGCCGAUUUUCAAUAGUACGACAUACAACUCUGGGAAUGGAUCUUUACACUGUGAAUGAACGGCAAAUGUAUAGGAAAGAGUUCUCGCAAUUAGUUGAAUAUUUAGAAAUUGAUGUGACAAUAUUAAAGGCACGUGAAGUUAUUCAGUUUGCAACAUCAUCUAAUAAUGAACGAUUAGAUUUAUUAUUCAAAAUGAUUCAUUAUAAAAGUUCAAUAAAAUCAAAAGAAGACAAAUUGCAUGCUUCAGGUGGAAAGAGAAAUGAAACAAUAGAAGAGAUAAAUAAGUGUUACGAUAAGUUGGAAAAGGAGUAUAAUUUUUGUCAAGUGUUUCAACAAGUUCUCAAAAACAAAGAAUUGAUUAUUUAUGGAAUGGAAAAGGAAAAAAUAAUAGAAACAAAAAACAGAAUAAAAGAACUGGAAGUGAAAUUAAUGAAUUGGUUGGAAAAUCAAGGACACACAACACCGAAAUAUAUGAAAUUAAGAAGUGAACUUAAUCUAUUAGAAUCUCAAUUAAUAGGAGCAAAUAAUUCUUUACAAUUACUUAAAGAUAAGGAAGAAGAAGUUAUAAAUCAGUUAGAAGAAUUGAAGAAACAAAAAAAAGAAUUAGCAAUAUCAAUAUCGAAUACUCAAAAAAAUAAUAAAGAACGAGAAAUAAUUUUGGAAGAAAGGAAGAAAGAAUUGGAAUCGUUAGAAAAAGAUAUAACGCUAGAAAGAGAAAGUAUUGAGUCAUUAAAAGCAGAGUUAUCUUCGGUUACAAUUAAUAUUAAAGAAUUAGAAGAAAAUUAUGAAAAAGAAUUGUGGGAAUUAGAGUGUCUUAAGUUAAAAAUAUUAAAAGAUAAAAUGCCAGUAAGUAGAGAAGAAAGAGAAAAGUCACUUCGCAAAAGUAUCGACAAAUUUCAUAAAUCUAUUGCAGAAAAACAAGAAAAUUUGAAGAAUUAUCAUCGCCAACGAAAGGAAAAGAGCAACAAUAUGAUGAAAUUGAAUAAUAACAUAUCAUCAAUUAAAGCUGAAAUAGAAAAUUCGAAAACUUUGCGGCAAAAUUAUUCAAAAUCAUUAGAAAUAUCUCAAAAAAAGAUCAGAAUCGCGACAAAUGCAUUAAAAACUGUUACAGAAAAAAAAGAAAAAGCAUUGGAAAAAUUGAAAUCAAUUGAAAAUAGUUAUAAUCAAAACUGUGAGAAAUUACAAUUAGUGAGGAAAUGUGAUGUUAUGUAUAAGAAAUGUGUUCUUGAACAUGCACUACAGUCAUUUAACAAUGAAAACCCAAAAAAGAAAAUUGAGCUUUCAAAGUAUCAUGGUUUCGUUAUAGAUUGCUUUGAAUGCAGCCACAAUGCUGAAACAGCUAUUCUAGCUGUUGCCAGUGAACACUUAUUUGAUUUUGUGUUUGACUAUAAAAAAGACGUUAACGCAGUUUUAAAAAGAGUUAAAGGUGAUUGUAACUUAGAUGUUAUGAGCUUAGAUCUUUUGGAAUUUUCAAAUAAAAAUCUACCUAAAUUUCCUGAUACCUUUCCACUCAUAAAACAAAUAGAAUAUGAUCCUUUCUAUGAACAAUUAGUAAAAUUUAUUUUCGGAAAUGUUUUAGUAUGCAGAAAUAAUCGAGUGGCUUUUAACAUUUCUAAAAAACAUAAAAUUACUUGUGUUACUACUAGAGGCAACGUAUUUUUUCCAAAUGGUGUUUCAAAAACAAUAAAUUGGAACGAAAAUGAAAGAAAUCAAAUUAGUAUUUAUAAAUUAAUGGUUGAUCAACAAGACGAUUUCAGAUAUGAGAAGCAAGAAAUAGAACAGUAUGUUAAUCAAGAGUCAUAUUUUAAAAAUACUAUUUCAGAAACUGUAGAACAAAAAACUUUAUUAGAGUUGCAGAUUGAAGAUAAUGAAAAAAGAAGAAUAUUACUUGAAAAUGAACUUGAUAUGCUAGAAACUGAAUUAUGUUACAUCACAGUUGAUAAUGAUGAACAUAACGAAAUUUUAAAUUCUAUCGAAAUAUUAACUGAAAGGAUUGAAAAAUUAGAAUUGAAAUUAAAUAAUUACGAUGAAGAACAAAUGACUUCUAAAGAGGAUCAAAGAUAUAAAGAAUUAGAAGUUUCAACGAAACAUUUAUUGGAAUUACGCAAAAAAGAAGAAAAAAAAUUUGUUGAAUUAAACAAAAAAAUAAAUAACGGGCUGACUGUAUUACAAGAAACUUUUUUAAAAAUGAAAUAUGAAUUGCAAAGACAAAUACCAAAAAUAAUAGUUGCUAUAGAAAUGGAGAUUAAUCAAAUCACAGAUGAACUUGCAGAAUUAGAAUUUAAUAUAAAAGAAUCGAAAAAAAAGAAUGAAGAGCUAAAAAAAUUACAAACAGAAAUAGACCAACUUCAAGAAGAAAUUAACAAAAAGGAAAUUAUCAAACAUCAUAAAUCUAAUAUAGCCACGACGAUACAGAUGGAAAUGGAUGUUUAUAAUAUAGAAAUGGAUCAUUUGAAAGCUGAAUUAUCUGAAAUGCAAAAUUUAAUUAAAGAGGCUCAACGUAAGAGAAAUGAUGGUUCCAAAGAAGUACAUGAAAAAUCUGAUUCUGAAUUAGAAAAUAUUAAAAAAUUAACUAUGCAACAAUUGUCAGCUUUUCAGCGAACAGUCGAUAGUAAAUUAAAAAAAAUAUCAAAUGAUAUCAAUAAAAAUACUUCGGCAAUAUUUGAUAUUAUGCAGGAAAUGAUCCAAAAUUCCGAGGCCGCUAUAAAACAAUUAGAUGACGAUCAAAUUCAAAUGACUGCUGAAAAAGAAUAUCAAGAAUAUGAAAUGCAACAGCAAAUUUAUCGAGAAUUGUUCGACAUUAAUAGAUAUUUGACAUUUUAUAUUGAAAGAUUCAUGCCUCCAGCAAGUGCACAAUUAACAUUGAUGACUAACGAUCGAGACUAUACUGUUGUUGAAGCUCAUCAAUAUAAUAUGGCCUUAGAUGAUUUCAUUGGAGCCAGUAUCAUGUUCACAGAAUUUGAAAAUGGUCCAACACUAAGAUUGGAUAAACUAUCAGAUGGACAAAACAUUAUUUUGUCAUUAGCUUUGAACCUAGCUAUAAGAAAAUGCUAUGAAACAUCGUUAAUGUUAUGUGAUGAAAUAGAUCAAGUUCUUGAUGUUACAAAUCAAGAAAUUUUACUUGGAAUCUUCAAAGAAAUGACUAGUGGUGGACAGAUUUUUGUUCAGACUUAUCGGCCUGAAGUAGUAAAUGUUGGAGAUUGUUUCUAUGAAGUUAAAAAGAAUGGAGCGACUUCGGAAAUAAAAAGAGUAAACAGACAGGGAGCUUUAGAUUUUCUAGAAACAGCAAAAGAAAAAAAAGAUUUAAUUUUAGAGUAAAGUACUUUUUCUAUUUGAUUUUAAAAUAAAAUUUUUUAAUGUAAACUGGAUGCGCAGUUUAAUUUUAAGAUUACUUUCCGAAUCAAUGCUAAUGUAUAAAAAUAAUUUUGAAUUAUUCUGAAAGAAAAAUGCAUGUGAUAUUAAUAAA